AUGCAAGUGCAAGACCAUUGCCACGAUGGCAUUUCUCUUAAGUGGACAGACACAAUCCUGGCUAUCCAUUUCAUCCCUUGUCUAGUUUCCACAUUCAUGACAGAGGGCAAUGCUGAACCUGCGCCCAAAACCAGCCUCGGCCAAUUGAACAACACACACAGCCCAGCGGCAGGCCAGGCUUUUGGUGGUGAUUUAACAUGGUAUAACACCGGGAUGGGAGCGUGUGGCUGGUUUAAUAAUGGGGGAGACCACAUUUGCGCCGUGUCUCAUAUUGUCUUUGACCGCGCGAAUGUAGACGGAAACCCCAACCACAAUCCACUUUGUGGUCGGCUAAUCCACAUCCAACGGGGCGACAGGGGCAUAGAUGUUACUCUCGUAGAUAGAUGUGAGGGAUGUGGGGAGUUUGACAUGGAUGUCAGCCGUGGUGUUUUUGAGCAACUCGGUAACCUUGAUGAGGGACGGGUUCACACUGAUUGGUGGUGGAUAUAG